GCCAGAGCAGAUAUCAUCCGUUCGUUUGUUUGCCCUUUUUUGCCGGCCUCCUCGUCUCUUCCGGUUCCGGCUACAAGUGAAGUGAGCUCGGCCGUCUGUUGCCUAGCGUGCUGCUUCGUUCGUCGUUGGCUUGCAGCAGCUUGCCGAAGAGAAGAAAGCAGCAGGCCCGGAGCUUUCUGUUUGUUUGGAUCCGAGUGAGAAGAAGAUGGUGGCCGAGUGCCACGGAGGAGGAGGAGCAGCAGCAGGAGGAGGGGACUUUCUCAUCAAGCUCUUCGGGAUGACCAUCCCCGUGCCGGAGUGCGGCGACGCCAAGGAUCUUCAGCAGAGCAAGAGCAACAGGUGGACCGAGCAGGAUCAGGAUUCCCAUGGCCUGGAGACCGCGCCCGCGCCCGCGCACACGGACACCUCCGACCCGUCCCCGCAGCCGGAGGUCGUGGACGCCGAGGACCCCACGGAGACGCAACAGAGGCCCUGCAACGGCGACGGCGACGGCGAUGCUGCCGGCCAGAGGGAGAAGCUGAAGAAGCCCGACAAGGUGCUGCCGUGCCCGCGCUGCAACAGCAUGGACACCAAGUUCUGCUACUUCAACAACUACAACGUCAACCAGCCGCGCCACUUCUGCAAGAACUGCCAGCGGUACUGGACGGCCGGUGGCGCCAUGCGCAACGUGCCCGUGGGGGCCGGCCGCCGCAAGAACAAGAACGCCGCCGCCUCGCACUUCUUCCAGAGGGUCCGGGCGACCAACGCCACGGUGCUCAGCUUCGGGGGCCAUGGCGGCGCGCCUCCUGCUGCCCGCUUGGACCUGGACCUCGCCGAGCAGCUGAGCCACCAGCUGGCCCCGGUCAGGAGCGCCGGCGACGCGGGCCGCCCUUGCAGCGAAGGAUCGAGCAGCAGGGACGGCAACGGCAGCAGGUCUUCUGUAGACGAAGCUGCAGCAAACGCAGACGACGGGUCAGUGCAGCAGCACCCAGGCCCAGCAAGCAUGAACAGCAGCGGGGCAACCGUGUGGCCGCCGUACAGCUGCGCCCCAGCUCCGGCGGCGUACUUCCCCCAGGGCAUCGCGAUUCCGAUCUACCCGGCCGCACCGGCCUACUGGGGCUGCAUGGUUCCCGGAGCUUGGAGCCUGCCAUGGCCGGUGCAGCACCCGUCGUCGUCGUCGUCGCCCACCACCACCAGUGCUCCUUCAGUCGUCUCGUCAUCCGGGGCAGCUGACGACUCAUCAUCCCACGCGCUGGGCAAGCGCCCCCGGGACCGGGAGGGUGACGAUGGGAGAAACGGCGGCAACGCCAAGGUGUGGGCGCCCAAGAGCAUCCGGAUAGACGACGUGGACGAGGUGGCCAGGAGCUCAAUCUGGUCCCUCGUCGGGAUCAAAGGCGACCAGACGAAGCAGCAGGACGCAGCAGACGACCACGCCGGUGGGCACAGCAAGCAGCUCGGGACGGUGUUCGAGCCCAAGCGCGGCGAGGCCACCAAGAAGGCCAUGAUGACAAGCUCGCCGCUCCUUCACGCGAACCCCGUUGCGCUCACGCGCUCCGUGGCCUUCCAGGAGGGGUCUUGAUUCUUCUUCAAGUACAUCCAUCAGCAGCAGCAGGAAUUUCCUCAUGCAGCGUUCCUUCUCAUCUGAACUUCUGAACUGAACAUGAGCUGAUCAGCCUGACAGUACGUACUGAAUUUUGUUUUUAUAUAAAUCAUCAUAGGAUUGUAAUAUCUAUCUAUAUGCUGAGUGGGAAACUUAGCUAGCGUAUGUGUAAGUGGACUUGUAAUAUAGGCGGCACGCAGGAUGUACAUAGAAUUAAUUAGCUAUAUGGGUUUGAGAAAGACCAGGAGAUCAAUAAGAGGUCCCUGGGUGUAGAUAAAUAACAUUAGGGGAAGGAAUGUAUUGCUUCAGGUAUUUCACUCUUCAGCAACUUGUUGUCAAAGUCGAUUCUAUAACAAAGUAUUCUAUUUUUUGUUCA